CUGAUUGGGUGGAGAGUGAGGAGGAGGGAGGCUGUCUCAGCCCCAAUAGGCGAAUCCUUUUUAAUAACCCGCCUCGAGAUAAUGAUGUAAAAAAAGACUGAAGCGUCUUGUGCGUAACGAGGAUGAUGGUGGUGAUCAGCUGAAGGUGAAUCCAACACAGACACAGAAAGAGAGAGAGCGACACUUUUUACACAAGACUCUUCUUCAUCACCGCACCUCAGCUGACAAGAGGAGCCCCAAACUUCUGACGCGCAAACAGAGGGAGAAACUCACUGAGAGGCGUCAGGAGUUCCCGGAACCCACCAGGCUAUGGACCGGAGGAUGAACCUGAACGGCGGCGCGGCAGGGGACAUUUUUCACAAAACUCUCAGCGCCGUGUCCGGCACAAAGAUGGACCCGUUCAGAGCGUCUGCCGGCAUGGAACUGCCGCCCAGAGACCGCCAGUCCCCAAUUAGCUGCUUCGACCAAGUUGAUCCGGACCCAAUCCAGCCCGGAGGACUGGCUGGAAGCAGAGGCGGCGCUCUGGGUCUACCGACCGGAUCUUUGUGCGUCAAGUACGGAGAGAGCGCCAACAGGACCUCGGCGGCGGAGAGCAGCGGAGGAGAGCAGAGCCAAGACGACGACAGCGACGGACGGUGCGACAUGGUCCUCCUGACCGACGUUCGGACAGCUGCCGGGGGGAAAGCUGAAGGAGGAGGUAAGAAAACCAAAGAGCAGAAAAUGCUGCGGCUCAACAUCAACGCCAGGGAGAGACGGCGGAUGCACGACCUGAACGACGCGUUGGAUGAACUUCGGGCGGUCAUCCCUUACGCGCACAGCCCUUCGGUGCGCAAACUCUCCAAAAUCGCCACCCUUCUGCUCGCCAAGAACUACAUCCUCAUGCAGGCGCAGGCACUGGAGGAGAUGAGGAGGCUGGUGGCGUACCUGAACCAGGGCCAGGCAAUCUCUGCAGCUUCCAUACCGGCGACCACCGCGCUGGCUGCACCUCCACCCGGUCUGGGCGCGUACGAGCAGCCGCCCGGAUACCCGUUUCCUGCCGGGGUGGCUGCGCCCUCCUGCCCGGACAAAUGUGCCCUGUUCAACAACGCCGCGUCUAGCCUCUGCAAACAGUGCACUGACAAGCCUUAAAACUGACCACAAAGACUACAAAGGAGCACACAAGAAAGAGAAAACCAUGACAGAUGAUCGAGUAGGGACAAAAAGUAACAUUUUUAUAAUAUUUACUAAACGCAUUAAAACUCGCUUCUGUUUCUUUCUGUUCGAACAACACUUGAUUGUGUAUAUAAAUCAUCUUUAAUAUGCUGGUGUGAAUGAAGGCCGAACAGAAGCAGAAGUACUGUAAAGGCCUGUUGCUCUGUGAUGGACCCUAUGGAGAUUUCUGGGUGACCUGACAAACCUGCGCGACUUUUUUCCCCCGGAGCGCAACAGCACCAACCUCAUUCUGCUGCUUUUUCAUGCGUUUACUUUCACUUCUAAAUCAAAAAGGCCCAUUUUUUAAAAAUAACUUUUCUAGUGAUUGUUACGAAGGGAGCUAAAUGAAAUAGAAAACAAGUGAUCCACUCGGUUAGAUAUCUAUUUAGCUGCGAAGGCUUUAUAUCCAACUCAAUUGAAUUUAAAAAAGGAAAAAGUAGAAAAGCAUACAUUUAGGUCUAAGAUGUGAUUUAAUGUGUCUUUUGUAAUUUAUUAAUUUGGGAUAUUUAUGAUAUUUAUGCUAGUAUUGCACAUUGUCGUCUAAGUUGAUGUGAUUUCUGCAUUUUUCCACGAAUUUCGUUCGGAUUUAUCGCGCUGUCAGGUCAGGCUUUGGUUUAUUCUUGUAGAUACUUGUUGUUAUGCGAGCAAAGAGGGCCGUUUGUAUGUAUUUGAGUGUGGAAAAGCUUUAUUAAAAUAUUUUGAACAACAGCAAAAA